UGUAACGAAACUUUUAAUAAUUUCCAUCCACAAUAAUGUUUGUUAGGCACUACAGUAUUAUAUUUCCCACUUUUGUCCCGUCGGUGACUAAUAAAAAAACUUUUAUUAAACCAAACACAGUUUUUGGUUGCGUCAACCAAACAGUGUGCAAGCAUAUUAAACUCUAGAAAUUUGUACCUCAAUUUCACUGUCCACACUCACAAUUCUUCUUCUUCUUUCAUCAAUUUCUAAAAAUGCAUACCAAAACUGAUUCAGAAGAUACGAGCUUAGCUCCAUCAUCACCAGACCAUACUCGCCGACCAGUAUACUAUGUUCAAAGCCCAUCACGUGACUCACACGAUGGGGAAAAAACAACAACAUCGUUUCAAUCAACUCCAGUUCUCAGUCCAAUGGGUUCACCACCUCAUUCUCACUCAUCCGUUGGUCGUCACUCGCGUGAAUCAUCUUCCAGUCGAUUUUCAGGGUCCUUAAAGCCUGGAUCUAGAAAGAUUUCACCUAAUGAUGCUGCAAAUGGUGGAAGGAACAACAGGAAAGGACAGAAACAUUGGAAGGAAUGUGAUGUUAUUGAAGAAGAAGGGUUGCUUGAUGAUGAAGAGAGGAGUAAAUCUAUUCCUAGGAGAUGUUAUUUUCUUGCGUUUGUUGUUGGGUUUUUUGUUCUGUUUUCGUUCUUUUCGCUUAUUCUUUGGGGUGCUAGUCGUUCUCAGAAACCCAAAAUCACCAUGAGGAACAUAAAAUUUGAGAGCUUCAGGAUUCAAGCUGGUUCUGAUAAUUCAGGAGUAGCUACUGAUAUGAUCUCCAUGAACGCUACUGUGAAAUUCCGUUACCGUAACACUGCUACAUUUUUUGGUGUACACGUCACAUCAUCCCCUGUUGAUCUCUCAUUUUCAGAACUCACAAUUGGCUCUGGAGCAAUGAAGAAAUUCUAUCAAUCAAGAAAGAGCCAAAGAGUUGUAGCUGUAUCAGUGAUAGGUAACAAGAUUCCAUUAUAUGGAAGUGGAUCAACUUUGAGCACACCAAAAGGGGCGACGACAUUGCCAGUGCCACUGAAAUUAAACUUCAAGCUGAGAUCAAGAGCUUAUGUUUUGGGCAAAGUGGUGAAACCGAAGUUCUACAAGACAAUUGACUGCUUAAUUACUUUUAAUUCCCAGAAGCUGAACAUUGCAAUUCCACUAAAGAAUUGUACCUACAAUUGAAUGCUUAUUGAGCUAUAUGGGGUUGGUAAAGUUUUGAUCUUUUUCUCAAUCUUUAUUAUUGUCAACAAAAGUAAAGUUGAUAGCUAUUGGGGCAGCUCAUGGUCUCUAUCUUUACCCCCACUUUACCAACUUUCUAUGGAGUGGAAUAUGCACAGGCUGUUACAAGCAAUUUUACAAAUAGCCGCUACCGGGAAAUGGACAAAAGAAAAGGAUGUGACAAUAAUUCAUUUCCCAUGUUAAUUAUCUUGUUAUUAUUAUAUAGGAGUAUACAAUCCUAUCAUACUGUGGACUGAUUUGUUUAUUUGUUUGAAAGUUGAAUACUUAUUGUCAUUAUUAGUAAAUUAUUAGUGUUGGUUCGGUGUC